AUGGACACCGCGAACGGGGUAGUGGCCGGUGCUGAUGCCGUCACCGUCACGCUGUCUCUGCUGCUGUUCGUCGUGCUCCUGAUGCUGGCGGCCGCAUCGGCGUGCGGCCGCGGGCCAUGGACCGCGCGCCGUCGAUGGGCCACAGCCACAGACGCCGCCCGCACCGCCGUGCUAGACGGUCCGACGGCGUACCCGGUCAUCGGGGCGCUGCACGUAAUGGACGGACACAGGGACAAUCCGUUCCGCCGGUUCACGGAGCUGGCCCAUCGGUACGGACCCGUCUACGCCAUGAACAUGGGAUCGAUGCCGUGCGUGAUCGUCAACGAUUACCCGUCCAUAAAGGAGGUGCUCAUCACCAACGGUUCCAAGUUUGGCGGGCGGCCCGACUUUUCCCGGUAUAAUGCGCUGUUCGCUGGAGACCGCAACAACUCCCUGGCGCUAUGCGAUUGGUCAUGGCUUCAAGAAACCAGGAGGAAAAUAGCUCGAAUGUACUGUUCUCCGAAAGUGUGUUCGUCUAACUACGGUCUGUUGGACUCCAUUGCGUCCGAUGAGCUGGACAUAUUCUUGGAAUCGUUGGCCACAGUCACCGGUCGCGGUCCGGAGCGCGAGGUACAGGUGAAGCAACCUUUGCUGAUGGCCUGCGCCAACAUGUUCAUUCGAUUCAUGUGUUCAACGCAAUUCGACUAUAGUGAUCCUAAGUUCCAAACCAUGGUCAGGACGUUUGACGAAAUAUUCUGGGACAUCAACCAAGGUUACGCGGUGGACUUCUUACCGUGGCUGAAGCCAUUCUACGCAGGCCACAUGCGAAAGCUGACCGCGUGGUCGACGCACAUUAGACGGUGUAUUAUGGACACAGUCGUGUCGAAGAGGAGCAGUUACGUGAAGUCUAUGGCCGCUGCGAUAGAUGGCGGUGGCUAUGACGACGACGACGACAAUCAGGAACCGACAGACUUCACCGACGCUCUGCUCAUGAGCCUGCGAAAGGAUCCCAGACUUAAAAUGGACCACGUGCUGUUCGAACUUGAAGACUUCAUCGGUGGUCAUUCGGCCGUCGGCAACAUGGUCAUGCUCGCCUUAUCCAUGGUGGCCACCAGACCACACGUGGCCCAAGCGAUCCGAGAAGAAGCCGAACGAGUCACCGGCGGCCAACGUUUAGUCCGUCUCUACGACAAGCCGGACAUGCCGUUCACCGAGGCCACUCUGUUCGAAACUCUACGGUUCAUUUCGUCGCCCAUCGUUCCUCACGUAGCAACAGAAGACACUACGAUCAAAGGUUUCAAAAUACCAAAAGGCACGUGCAUUAUACUUAAUAAUUAUGAAAUCAACACCAGCCCGACGUUAUGGGUCGACCCGGACGUGUUCGAUCCCAAUCGUUUCAUACACCGCAAGUCUGGCGAAAAGCCGUGCAUCCGGAAACCAGAAUACUUUCUGCCUUUCGGCACCGGCAAAAGGACGUGUAUUGGACAGCAAUUGGUUUCCGGGUUUGGGUUCGUACUGCUCGCCGGCAUACUGCAGAGAUACGAGGUAAAGGCCACUGCUCAAUUGGCAAUACCCGAGGCACGUCUUGCUCUACCGCCCGAUACGUACCCAUUAAUACUGAAACCACUCGACGGAUCUCCAUAGAUCGGAUGUUGAAUAUAAGUAUCAAAUUGUUAUGCAAUCACGUUGACAUCAGACUAACGCGACAAUCAUUAUUGUCGUUGUAUAUUAAAUUAGAUAACUAUUGUACAUAUCCAUAAACACAUAUAUAAUAAUCUUAUAUUUCAUAUAUACUAGGUAUCGAAUCACAAGACUGUUUGAUUUACAAUUAAUUCGUAUGUUAGAACAUAACAAUAUUUUAACUACGUCGAUAUUUGAUUUAAUAUGGUAUUGAUAGGUAUAUACAUAUAUAUUUUUUUUAUAGACUGAAACACUAUUUAAGACAAAUUUAGUAUCAGUC